AUGGUUUAAUUUAAAAUAUAUAUAUCUUUUUGAAUGCUUUAUUUGACUCCAAUUUUGAAUUUCCCAGCUCCAUGGUUCAUUUUUAGUAGAAUUUGUUGCAUGCCCUUCGUGAUCGGCUUUUUAGUCUACAAAUUCAAGAGAAGACAUUUCUCAACGUUCGACUGCAUUGAAGAUUUUUUGAGAAGUCAAAACAAUAUGGUGCCUAUAAGGUACUCUUCUUGGGAGAUUAGGAAGAUGACUAAUGGAUUUCGCCAUAAAUUGGGGGAAGGAGGAUACGGUUCUGUCUACAAAGGAACUCUUCGUAGUGGAACACUCGUGGCUGUGAAGAUAUUGAGCAAAGCCAAAUCAGAUGGACAAGAAUUUAUAAAUGAAGUCUCUACCUUAGGAAGAAUUUACCAUGUCAACGUCGUUCAACUUAUUGGAUUUUGUGCUGAGAGAUCUCAACGUGCUCUAGUUUAUGAGUUCAUGCCCAAUGGAUCUUUAGAGAAGUAUAUAUUCUUGAAAGAAGAGAACGCUUCCUUGACAAAUGACCAAAUUUUCAAGAUUGCCAUAGGAAUCGCCCGGGGAAUUGAGUAUCUACACCGAGGUUGUGAUGUGAGAAUCUUGCAUUUUGACAUCAAACCACACAACAUCCUUCUCGAUGAGGAUUUCACUCCAAAAGUGUCUGACUUUGGUCUUGCAAAACUUUAUCCCACACAAGAUAGUAUUGUGCCCUUAACUGCAAUAAGAGGAACCAUGGGUUACAUUGCGCCUGAACUAUUUUAUAGAAAUAUUGGAGGCAUAUCGUAUAAAGCAGAUGUUUAUAGUUUUGGGACGUUGUUGAUGGAAAUUGCUGGUAAAAGGAAAAAUUGGAAUUCAUCAGUUGAUUGCUCAAGUCAAAACUUUUUACCUGCUUGGGUUUACCAUCAAUUCAGUCAUGGGUUAUCUAUGGAAAUGGGAGAUGUGACUGAAGAUGAGGCAGUGAUUGUGCGCAAGAUGAUGUUGGUGGCGUUAUGGUGCAUUCAAAUGAAGCCAAGUGAUCGACCACCAAUGCAAAAAGUUGUUGAAAUGCUUGAAGCUGAUAUAAAGUUUAUCGAGAUUCCUCCUAAACCUUUCUUGUUUGGUGAAGAUAUGUCCUCUCAGAAUAGUAAAACUCUAUCUGGGGCUGGUAUGGAUGCCGUUACUAUGGAUAUAUGUGCACGUUAAAUGCUCAUUGUCAGAAAAUAAUGUUGUGUAUUUAGUGUA